UCGCUUAUCAUCUAGCCAAAAAAUGGAAUAACCACAUCCUAUCCUGAACAGCUGAGCUCAGAUCACCCCCAGCUUCAAUUGCCAUACACCAUGCUUGCACUCUAGCCAACUCCUUAUCGUUAGCUGUUGAUGAAGUGGCUCUGGUUUCAUUUUCUUGUACAUUCAGAUGCUUUCUUUCUGCUGUCUCUCCCUCUGCAAUAUUAGGCAGCCAUCACCACUUCCUCGACUCUCUUGGCUCACUAACAAGAAGACUACACCAGUAGUUUCUCUGUGGCUAGCACCUGUAUAUGGUCAUGGCUUCAAGAGAGCAAGCAAAGACCAAUAUUGUUUUGUACCUUCUUUUAUUGUCCACGCAGUAGAGAAAGACUCGGAAAAAUAUGAGAUAGACUCAGAUAAGGCCAAAGAAGCCCUUCAAAAACUUGACCAGCAGCUCCAAGCCUUCUCUGAGAAACAAAUCAGCUCUCCAAAGAUAAGAGCUUCUGACGUGAAACUUACAAGAGAUGAAAUGACAGAAGAAGUGCCGGAAGUUUCAGGGUCUGUUCUGGUAUAUACAGCUGCAGCUCUCUUUCUUUUCACAAUUUUCUACAACAUAUUCUUCCUUACAGUGCUACAACCAUCCGUUGACGGGCCACUACCCAAGCCAGAACCUGAAACAAUUCAAGCAAUCACUGCUACUAGAAUGGAAAGAAAACCUCCCAAAGAAGCUAUUUUGCAGCUGCUGCCAUUAAUGUCUGAAGUUCUUAUACAAAGCUCUGGAGGUGGCAAUAAUUAAGAAGCAAAAACAGAGGAGCAAAUAUUCAAUUCUAAAAGAACUUAUUUUUAACCUCUUUUGGAUAUGAAUUUAUCAGAUAUGCUGUAAGUCAAGUUUUGGCUUGAAAUGUUUCAACUUUUCAGAAAAAGUAAAGAGAAAUGCGGUUUUUCUGCUUA